CGACACCACAGGGGCACCAGCGAAGUGAACCGCACCGAGACCAAACUGUCAAAAAAUGGCCAACAUGUUGAGAUCGUGGAUGAUGCUCGCAGCGCUCGUCCUGUGCCUGCUGGUGUGUUGGAGCAGCUUGGCGGACGCCUACCCUCCCAAACCGGAGAGUCCGGCGGGCAACGCCUCACCGGCUGAGUGGGCCAAGUACCACUCGGCUGUCAGGCAUUACGUUAACCUCAUCACCAGGCAGAGGUAUGGGAAGAGGUCAACCCCCGAGCAGGCGGUGGCGUGGCUGCUGUUCGGAGGCGAUUCAAGCCAAGACACAGAUCCUCGCUCGGACUACGGCGAUCAGUGGUGAAAGACCCCAGCGGUUCGACCAGACAAAAACCACCACACAGGGACCCAAGAGACAAACGUGCACUGGACUCUGCAACUCUGCUUUUUCAAAAUUACUAUACCGUGCAUGCCAGACCCCCCUCUCCCUUCAUAUACGUCUAUUUGUCUGCUGGCCAAAAAUGUAAAUAAUUUGUAUUAAAAUCAAUGACUUUACAAUAAAGCCUGAAGGAAUAAAAGUAUUAAA